AUGUUGAGGCGCAUGCCCAAGAGUCAGAAUGCUGGAGACCCUCAACCUACAUCAGCAACGUCCGGAGGAUUCGGGAUCUUCAAAGCGAAGCAAUUCAAAACACCUACACCUUUGGCUCCACGACGCGACUCCAACCUCCCAGCUAGGAAACGCAAAGCUGUAUCUUACAAGGAACAAGGAGGUGGAGAUGACGACGGAAGAGAUGGAGAUGCCGAUGGAGGAGCCAAUAAGAAGACCAAAUAUGCGAUGGGCAACAAGGAGUACGGGGAAGAUGGUGUACUAGGCGGCAUGGGCAAAUGGUGUAAUCGAAAGUUCCCAGUUUUUGCUCCUAAGGAUAAGGAUGGGGUAUUCAAGAAGGGAUUCUCGAUCCCCGUGAUGAUCAACGCAAAGACAUCCGAACGGAUAGUACACACCCUCUCUCACGCCUCUCUCGGUGCGCGGCCACACCCGUCGCUUGCACCUCGGCCGUUACAUGAUCCCAUGGCAGAUCAUGCCAUUGUAUUAUACGACCCGACUAUUGAUGAUAGACCAACAGAGGAGGAGAUUGAUGCUGCUAAAGCUGAAUUGGAGAAGAAAAAGCAGGAGGAGCAAGCCCGAGGACCUCAUAAGAGCCUCAAGGCGAUCCUGGGCAUCGAAGACGCAAAGGCGAAGAAGGAAGUCAAGGUACCGGUUGUCAUCGACCCUAGGCUGUCGAAGACAUUACGACCGCAUCAAAUCGAGGGCGUCAAAUUCCUGUACAAAUGCACGACCGGUAUGCUGGCCGACAAGGCGUGGGGUUGCAUCAUGGCGGACGAAAUGGGCUUGGGCAAGACGCUGCAAUGCAUCACCCUCUUAUGGACUUUGCUCAAGCAAUCACCUGUAGCGGGGAAACCGACGUGCGAAAAGGCAAUCGUAGCUUGCCCGACUUCGCUGGUCGGCAACUGGGCCAAUGAGCUGGUGAAAUGGCUCGGACCCGGCGCACUGAAUCCUCUGGUCGUAGACGGAAAAGGAGGCAAAGCAGAGCUUAUUCCUGCAGUGCGACGAUGGGUGAACGCUCGAGGCCGGGCGGUCACCCUUCCAGUCAUGAUCGUAUCCUAUGAGACCCUUCGAUCCCUCAAGGAUGAAUUGCGAGACGCUCCAAUUGGACUCCUCUUGGCCGAUGAAGGUCACCGGUUGAAGAAUACCGACACCCAAACUUUUGCGCAUUUGACCACACUGAAUGUUCAGCGCCGCGUCAUUCUGACCGGCACACCGAUUCAGAAUGAUCUCUCGGAAUACUUUGCCCUGCUCAAUUUUGCCAAUCCCGAGUAUCUUGGCUCCAAACUCGACUUCAAGCGCAACUUUGAGAACAAAAUCUUGCGUGGACGAGACGCCGAUGCGACGGACAAGGAGAAAGAGGAGAGCGACGCCAAACUGAAAGAGCUUGGUGGAUUGGUGAAUCGCUUCAUCAUCAGGCGAACGAACGACAUUCUGUCAAAGUAUCUUCCUGUGAAAUAUGAGCACGUCGUCUUUUGUCGACCCAGCCCGCUCCAGGCGAAGCUGUACAAUGUCUUCGUCAAUUCGAAGGACGUACAGCGGCUACUUCGAGGGAAAGAUUCACAACCGCUCAAGGCCAUUGGACUCCUCAGGAAGCUUGUCAACCAUCCGGACCUAUUGCAGCUGCCCGAAGACCUGCCCGGUAGUGAGGAGGUGCUACCGGAUGAUUACCAAGGUAAAGGAAGGGAUAGAAGCGUCAACUGUUCCUACUCCGGAAAAUUCGUGGUUCUCGAGCGAAUGCUCGCUCACAUCAAGCAAUAUACAAACGACAAGAUCGUCUUGAUCAGUAACGCCACCCAAACUCUAGAUCUCAUGGAGCGACUGUGCCGCAACAAGAAAUACGGCUGUGUACGUCUCGAUGGCUCUAUGAGCGUACCGAAGCGUUCGAAGAUCGUCGAGCGCUUCAACGACCCCGAAAGUACAGACUUUGUCUUCCUUCUCAGUUCAAAGGCUGGUGGCUGCGGUAUCAACCUGAUUGGAGCUAAUCGGUUGAUAUUAUUCGAUCCCGAUUGGAAUCCCGCGAGUGACCAGCAGGCUCUAGCCCGUGUCUGGCGAGAUGGUCAGAAGAAGGAGUGCUUUGUUUACCGCUUUCAAACGACUGGGACGAUCGAAGAAAAGAUCUUUCAGCGACAAUGUCAGAAGCAGAAUCUUUCUGCCUGCGUUGUGGACGAGGCGGAAGACACUGCGCGCCACUUCACCCAAGACGACUUGCGGCAAUUGUUCAAGUUCAACACUGAGACGUUAUGCGACACUCACGACACGUAUAAAUGCAAGCGGUGUCGCGACGGCAAGCAGUUCGUGAAGGCGCCUGCACUUCUUUACGGAGAUUCCAGCACGUGGAAUCAUUAUCCCAAUUCGCAGCUCGGGCAGAUGCACGACGAUCUCCUUCGCGCCGAGCUUGGACUUCCAGAGGUCUCAUAUGUGUUCCAAUACAUCUCCCACUGA